AUGCUAUUGCCACAAGUUGAACAAGAUAUUCAGCGGAAGAUCUCUGUUGAACAGAAUAUCAUCCAAGGUGCUACUAAUAUGAAGAAAAAAACAAAUAAUACAAUGGUUAUUCAGCGAUGUAAUACAAACAUUAGAGAAGCCCGUCAAAAUAUUGAGUAUUUACAAGAAACACUGAAUAAGCUGCGUUUAAACAGUAUGAAAAAUAUGAAAGUAGACUCCAGUAAAAAUGAAUCAUCAGACAGUGGAGAAAAAGAAAAAACCAAAAAUUAUGGUUAUCUUUCUACUGUUUCACCUAAUGAACAUGUUUUUUCAAGAUUGGAUUUAAUUAAAUAUGAUUGUCCAUCAUUAUCUCAAAGAAUUCAAUAUAUGUUACAACAGUUAGAAUUUAAACUACACGUGGAAAAACAAUAUCAGGAAGCAAAUACAAAAUUAACGAAACUAUACCAGAUUGAUGGUGAUGAACGUAGUAGUUCUGCUGCAGAAGGAGGUGCUUUUGAGUCAAAGCAUAGAAUAUUAAUGCUUAAGAAGGCCUUAAAAAAGUAUAAAGCCAUUAAUGUCGAUUUGGAUCAAUAUAAACAUCAUGAUACAGAAGACUUAAAUAUUUCGCAACCCAAGUUUAGAAGAAAACCCUUAUCAGGGAUAUUAACACUCCGUGUUUCUGCUAUUAGGGAUAUUGACCAUAUUCAAUCACCAAUGUUUGCCAGAUCUCCAGAAACUUUUUUUACUGUUAAAAUUGAUGACGUUAUUAAAGCAAGAUCAAAACCUGUAAGGAACGAUAGAUGGCAAGAAGAUUUUCAAAUACAAGUCAAUAAAAGUAAUGAAGUGGAAAUAACCAUCUAUGAUAGGGUUAAUAAUGUUGUAACACCUGUUGCUGUUAUGUGGCUUCAAUUAGCAGACAUAGCCGAAGAAAUUCGUAAAAAAAAAGUCAACCAAACAAAUGGUCAACAAGGUUGGGUUAAAGCAUCCAAGGUUGCUCCUGAUAAUAUCAACACCUUUUUAGAGGACAAUAAAGUUAAUGAAGAUACUCGUAUCCCUUCAAUAACUACCACUACUUCCACUAAUAAUCAUUCACAGAACAAUGACGUUUUGACAGAUCCAAUAACAGUAAAUCAAUGGUUUAUUUUGGAACCUGCAGGUCAAAUUCAUUUAUAUCUUGGCUUUCAUAAGACAGACUCUACAACAAGGAAAAAUCAUGCAGGUGGGUUACAUCGUCAUGGUGCAAUUAUUAAUAGAAACGAGGAGGUUUUUGAACAACAUGGUCAUCACUUCGUUCAAAAAUCCUUUUACAAUAUUAUGUGUUGUGCUUAUUGUGGUGAAUUUUUAAGAUACAGUGGUUUCCAAUGUCAAGAUUGUAAAUUCUUAUGUCAUAAGAAAUGUUACACCAAUGUUGUAACAAAGUGUAUUGCCAAGACAACUACUGAUUCGGAUAGUGAAGAGACCAAAUUAAAUCAUAAUAUUCCCCACAGAUUCGAGCCUUCUCCUAAUCGUGGGACCAAGUGGUGUUGCCACUGUGGUUACAUUUUACCAUGGAGCAAACAUAAGGUUCGUAAAUGUAGCGAAUGUGGUAUCAUGUGUCAUGCAGACUGUGCUCACUUAGUACCUGAUUUCUGUGGGAUGUCUAUGGAAAUGGCAAAUAAGAUUUUAAGAACUAUUCAAGACACUCAACGUAAUCAGGAAAAGAAGAAGAAACUUCCAGCUUCUUCUGAAACAUCUACGUGGAUGACCACUACAGCCAGAGAAACUUCAAAAAACAAAAUUGGGAAUGUGGAAGAAAAGAGACUUUCAAGAUAUGACAUGCUUACAGAAGAAUCUGAUCGGAAUGUACCUUCUUCGUCUUUUUCAAUUGAUCAUAAUGAUGAUAAUAAAAAUAUUUUGAUAGAAAGCAGUAGACUAUCGUCGAAAAAUAAGAAGGAUUCAAUUCAAGAGAAGGCAUAUGAAUACAAUCAGAGUAAUGAGGCAUACUUAAAUUUCACAAAUAAUGCUGUUGCAGGUAAUUCUUCAACUGAUACAACUGUGCAAACAUUAGAUCCAUCUAUAAAUAAAAAUGAACCAAUUUCUAUGAAACUACCCUCAGACUUUAGUUCAAUAACUUUUAAUAAUAAGGAGACUGUUUUUGAAGAUGAAACAACUUAUCAACAACAAGAUGCAUUAUGGGAAAAAAAGAAUCAUAAUAUAGAAAUGGCAAUUAAACAAGAAUAUAAUGAAUUUCAUAAAGCAAUUAGUGAAGGUGAUGUGAAUAUUGAAUCACAAACUGGCCAUCAUCAAAACGAUUACCAUUCUACUAUUAAUUCUACAACUACCACUAUAAAAUCAAAUCCCUUCCGUGAAAUGAAUAAUGAAACAUUCCACCAGGAACAACAACAAAUUAUUACUCCAACUGUUUCCACUGAUACAGCGCUAUUACAAAUUUCAAAUAAUGUAGAGAACACUCAGGUUUCACCAAUAAAAUCACAACAAAUUACAAAACAUAGAAGAAAAGUGCCCAAACGUCGUAAAGUAUCUUUAGACAAUUUUAUUCUUUUAAAAGUAUUAGGUAAAGGUAACUUUGGUAAAGUCAUACUUUCUAAAUCAAAAAAUACUAAUAGAUUGUGUGCAAUCAAAGUAUUAAAAAAGGAUAGCAUUCUUCAAAACCACGAUAUCGAAAGUGCAAGAACAGAAAAAAAAGUUUUUUUGCUAGCAACAAAGACCAAACAUCCUUUCUUAACCAAUUUAUACUGUUCAUUUCAAACGGAAAAUAGAAUAUAUUUUGCUAUGGAAUUUAUUGGGGGUGGUGAUUUAAUGUGGCAUGUUCAAAAUCAAAGAUUAUCUGUUAGAAGAGCGAAAUUUUAUGCAGCAGAGGUAUUAUUGGCAUUAAAAUAUUUCCAUGAUAAUGGUAUAAUUUAUCGUGAUUUAAAAUUAGAAAAUAUAUUAUUGACGCCUGAGGGCCAUAUCAAGAUUGCAGAUUACGGUUUAUGUAAGGAUGAAAUGUGGUAUGGUAGCAAAACAUCUACAUUUUGUGGUACACCGGAGUUUAUGGCACCUGAGAUUUUAAAGGAUCAAGAAUAUACAAGGGCAGUAGAUUGGUGGGCUUUUGGUAUUCUACUCUAUCAAAUGUUGUUAUGUCAAUCACCAUUUUCUGGUGAUGAUGAGGAUGAAGUAUUUAAUGCAAUCUUAACUGAUGAACCAUUGUACCCUAUUGAUAUGGCUGGUGAUAUUGUACAAAUAUUCCAAGGUUUAUUGGCAAAGGACCCUACACAUCGUCUUGGUGGUGGUCCCCGUGAUGCAUUAGAAGUGAUGGAAGAGUCAUUCUUCCACAACAUUGAUUUUGAUGAUAUAUUAAAUUUAAGAGUAGAGCCCCCAUAUAUCCCCAAAAUUAAGUCUGCAGAAGACACUUCUUAUUUCGAACAAGAAUUCACGUCUGCUCCACCAACGCUAACACCAAUACCAUCAGUAUUAACUACUUCUCAACAAGAGGAAUUUCGGGGAUUCUCAUUCAUGCCUGAUGAUCUUGAAUUAUAG